AUGGCAGAAGCAAAAAAAUCAAAGACGAAAUGUAGACAAUAUAGUAUGGAGUAUCUGAAUUAUGGAUUUAUACCAGCAUCAUCAAACCAGCAGCUGCCACAGUGCCUAAUGUGUGGGAAAAUAUUUUCUAAUGAGGCAAUGAAGCCUUGCGGACUGAACGAACAUUUGAAGAAGGCACACUCUGACAAGGCAGACAAGAAUCUAACUUUUUUUCAAUCAUUUCAUGACAAAUUUCAAAAGCGCCCAACACUGUCUUGUAUGUUUUCUAAUGCUUCCCAACAAAACACUUGUUUGCAUGCAUCAUACAACAUUUCAUUGCUGAUUGCUAAGUCUGGAAAGCCACAUACUAUCGGUGAAGAACUCAUCCUACCAGCCAUAAAGGAGGUUCUGAGUACUGUUUUGCAUAAGUCACCACAUGAUAUAAUUAAGACAAUUCCUCUCAGCAACAAUUCAGUUCAAAGAUUCAUAGAUGAAAUGGCUGAGAAUGUGGAAGAUGUAUUGUGCAGCAUACUAUGGAUAACAGAUUUAGUAUUACAGCUGGAUGAAUCAACUUUGCCAGGCAAUGAAUCUUUCCUUCUUGCUUAUGUGCGCUUUAUUAAAGACGAAAGUUUGACUGAAGAGUUGUUAUUUGCAAGGCAACUAAAUACAGAUACUAAAGGGGAAUCAAUAUUUCAUGUUGUUGAGGAGUUCUUCAAAGACAAGGAAAUUCCACUAACCAACAUACUUGCUUGUGCAACUGAUGGAGCACCAUCAAUGACUGGUCGCUACCGUGGGUGUGUGGCUUACUUGAAAAAAACAGUGCCAAAUGUCUUUACCAUUCACUGUGUCAUUCAUCGCCAACAGCUGGUUGCAAAAACACUCAGUGAUCGCUUGAGCAAGUCAUUACACAUUGUCAUUACUGCAGUGAACAAAAUUAAAGUACAUGCUCUCAGUGAUCGACUAUUCCGAGAGCUCUGUGUUGAGAAUGAUGAAGAUUUUGAUUGUUUGCUGCUUCAUACAGAAGUUCAUUGGCCAUCAAAAGGCAAUUGUUUGAGAUGCUUUUACAAUCUUUUUGACACUGUUGCAGAGUUUUUUGAAGGCAAGAAUGCUUUGCUCAGUGAUGAACUCAAAGAGAUCAGGCAUGAUAUCGCUUAUUUAUCAGAACUGUUUACAAAGUUCAAUGAAGUGAAUUUGCAGUUGCAAGGAAAUGAAGUCAAUCUUAUUAAGGCCAAAUCUGUCAUCUCUACAUUUAUUUUGAAGUUAGCUCUAUUCAAGCGCAAUAUAGGCCGUUGUGAGCUAUACCAAUUUCCAAGCUUGUCUGAGCUAGAAAAGAAAGGUGGGAUACAAGAUGAUGAUCUGCAUGUUUUUUGUGACCAUUUGGACAUGCUGCAUAAAGAUAUGUCUGAGCAGUAUCAGGAUCUUAUUUUGAUGGAAAUUCCAGAUUGGGUGAUAAAUCAAUUUUUAGAUACUAAGGAAGAUGGGGUAGGGGAGGAACAACUAAUAGAACUGAAAAAUGACAUUGAGCUGAAGCCAAAGUUUAAGAAAUCAUACCAAGAGUUUUGGUUACAGAAGGAAAUUUCUGAUUGUUAUCCUGCACUAUGGACAAUAGUUAAGAAGCUCCUUGUUGCAUUUCCAACAUCAUAUUUGGUGGAACGUGGUUUCCAACUUCUCUCCAAGCAAAGAAAUCGACUCCAGAUUACUGAACGUGGUGAUUUAAGACUCUUGCUAAGUGACUUAAAACCAGACAUUAGGAAACUGGUAUCAAUUCACCAAGCACAUCCAUCGCAUUAG